GUCACCGCUUUCGCGAAGAACGCGAUAACCGAGAACAUGCGUCUGCCUUGCCGCAGGACAUAGAAAGAGAUGGAUGGAUGAGAUGAACGAGAGAACCCCCCGUCUAAAACCGCCAUGUGGCAGCGCACUGCGUCGCCGGCGUCGCCAUGGAGGGCGUCGCCAACCAAUCCGUUCGCGGCGCGAGCCGGACCGUCGCCCGCGCCAAACUUGCACAAAUCGAGCUUCAGUACGCACCGCGCCUUCUCCCCUACCCCCACGGUCUCGCCUGCUGCUCCAGUCAUGGCAGCCGUAGACAUCUCCAAACCCAUCGCAUUCUGCGAGCACCUGCAGCUCAGCAGCCUCGGCAUUCAGCCGGGUGCAAUAUCAUUCCAGAACUUGACGCUGGAGUCCGACCACUUCAUUUGCGUGCGCAACGAGCAGAACCAGCUUGUCAUCAUCGACCUUACCGACCCCAACAAUGUCCUCCGCCGACCCAUAUCCGCCGACUCAGCUAUCAUGCACCCACACCAAAAGAUCCUCGCGUUGAAGGCCCAGCGUACGCUGCAGAUUUUCAACAUCGAGACGAAGCAAAAGGUCAAGUCGCAUGUUAGCAACGAGGACAUUGUAUUCUGGAAAUGGGUCUCCGACACGACUAUCGGCAUGGUCACCGAGACCUCCGUCUACCACUGGACAAUCGCCGACAGCACCUCCCCGCCUCAGAAGAUCUUCGACCGCCAUGCCACUCUCGUCGGCUCGCAGAUCAUCAACUACCGUGUCACGCCUGACGAGAAGUGGAUGGUGGUCGUCGGCAUCUCGGGCAACGCGUCGAACCCCUCUGCCUUCAAGAUCAAGGGCGCCAUGCAGCUCUACAACAAAGACCGUGGGGUCAGCCAGCCUAUUGAGGGUCAUGCUGCAGCAUUCGCAGAGAUGAAGCUCGACGGGCACCAGCAUCCCACCAAGUUGUUUACCUUCGCCGUUCGCACAGCCACGGGCGCCAAGUUGCAUAUCGUCGAGAUUGACCACCAAGCGCCCGACCCUCCGUUCACGAAGAAGGCCGUUGACGUCUACUUCCCUCCUGAAGCGACUAACGACUUCCCUGUGGCCAUGCAGGUGUCGAAGAAGCACGGCAUCGUCUAUCUCGUCACCAAGUUCGGCUUCAUUCAUCUCUACGACCUCGAGACCGGUGCCUGCAUAUACAUGAACCGCAUCUCUGGGGAGACCAUCUUCGUCACCGCAGAGCACGAGGUCACUAACGGCAUCAUCGGUGUUAACAAGAAGGGGCAGGUCCUCUCCGUCAAUGUCGACGAGCAGACGAUCGUUCCCUACAUCCUCACUACCCUCAACAACACCGAGCUCGCAUUUAAACUUGCCAGUCGUGCGAACUUGCCUGGUGCGGAUGACUUGUACAUUCAGCAGUACCAGCAGCUGUUUGCGAGUGGGCAGUAUGGCGAGGCGGCGAAGGUCGCAGCCAACUCGCCUCGUGGCAUUCUCCGGACGGCACAGGUCAUCGAGUCUUUCAAGCAGGCGCCCGCUCCCCCUGGCGGUCUCUCGCCCAUUCUCCAGUACUUCGGCGUGCUGCUCGAGAAGGGCGAGCUCAACCACUACGAGUCUCUUGAGCUCGCACGCCCCGUUCUCCAGCAGGGCCGCAAGCAGCUCCUCGAGAAGUGGUUGAAGGAGAACAAGCUCACCUGCAGCGAGGAGCUUGGUGACAUCGUCCGCCUGCACGAUAUGACGCUUGCCCUGAGCGUUUACCUGCGCGCGAACGUCCCGAAUAAGGUCAUCGCAUGCUUCGUCGAGACCGGCCAGAUCGACAAGAUCGUGCUAUACGCGAAGAAGGUCGGCUACACGCCAGACUACGUUGCGCUUCUGCAGCAUGUCAUGCGCGUUGACCCGCAGAAGGGCGCGGAAUUCGCCGCGACGCUGGUGAACGAUGAGACCGGGCCGCUGGUCGAUAUUGAGCGGGUCGUCGACAUCUUCAUGUCGCAGAACAUGAUCCAGCCGGCGACGUCGUUCUUGCUGGACGCGCUCAAGGACAACAAGCCGGAGCAGGGCCCGCUGCAGACGCGCCUGUUGGAGAUGAACUUGAUGCACGCGCCGCAGGUGGCGGAUGCGAUCCUCGGGAACGAGAUGUUCACCUACUUCGACCGCCCGCGGAUUGCGAACUUGUGCGAGAAGGCGGGCCUAUUGCAGCGGGCUUUGGAGUUGUACGAGGAUCUGGCGGAUAUCAAGCGUGUCAUUGUGCACUCGACCGCUUUCCCUGCUGAUUGGCUCGUCAACUUCUUCGCCAAGCUUACCACCGAGCAAUCGAUGGCCUGUUUGCAGGAGAUGCUCAAGGUCAACAUCCGCCAGAACCUGCAGGUCGUCAUCCAGAUUGCGACGAAGUACUCGGACAUCCUUGGUCCAGUCAAGCUCAUCGAGAUGUUUGAGAGCUUCAAGAGCUUCGAGGGUCUGUACUACUACCUCGGCUCCAUCGUCAACCUCAGCCAGGACCCGGAGGUACACUUCAAGUACAUCCAGGCUGCUACCCGCACCGGUCAGAUCCGCGAGGUCGAGCGUAUCUGCCGAGAGAGCAACUUCUACAACCCGGAGAAGGUCAAGAACUUCCUCAAGGAGGCCAAGCUCGCGGACCAGCUCCCGCUCAUCAUCGUCUGCGACCGCUUCGACUUCGUACACGACCUCGUUCUGUACCUCUACCAGAACGGACUUGUCAAGUUCAUCGAGGUGUACGUGCAGCGCGUCAACUCGGUGCGCACGCCGCAAGUCAUCGGUGGUCUCCUCGACGUCGACUGCGAUGAGACGACGAUCAAGGGCCUGUUGGCGUCGGUGACGGGCAACUUCCCGAUCGACGAGUUGGUACAGGAGGUGGAGCAGAGGAACCGGUUGAAGUUGAUUCUGCCGUGGUUGGAGGCAAAGGUGCAGGCUGGGAGCCAGGACCCGGCGGUAUACAACGCCAUUGCGAAGAUCUACAUCGACAGCAACAACAACCCGGAGCAGUUCCUCAAAGAGAACAACUUGUACGAGCCCUUGGUUGUCGGCAAGUUCUGCGAGAAGCGCGACCCGUACUUGGCGUACAUUGCGUAUGCUAAGGGCUUCUGCGACGAUGAGCUCAUCGCGAUCACGAACGAGAACUCGAUGUUCAAGCAGCAGGCGCGCUACCUCGUGAAGCGUCGCCAGCCUGAGCUUUGGGCGCAGGUCCUCGUUCCGGAUAACAUCUACCGCCGCCAGCUCAUCGACCAGGUCGUUGCCACGGCCAUCCCCGAGUGCACGGACCCGGACGAUGUCUCGGUCACUGUCAAGUCCUUCUUGCAGGCCGACCUUCCGAUCGAGCUCAUCGAGCUGCUCGAGAAGAUCGUUAUCGACCCCUCGCCGUUCAGUGACAACCGCAACCUGCAGAACCUGCUCCUGCUCACCGCCAUUCGCUCUGACAAGGGCAAGGUCGUUGGCUACAUCAACAAGCUCCAGAAUUACGACAUCAACGAGAUUGCGCGGAUCGCGACGGAGCACGGUUUGUUCGAGGAGGCGUUCACGAUCUACAAGAAGUACGAGCAGCACGCGCAGGCGAUGAAUGUGCUUGUUGAGCACAUUGUGUCGAUUGACCGUGGGCUGGACUACGCGAACAAGGUGCAGAAGCCGGAGGUGUGGAGUCGCUUGGCGAAGGCGCAGCUUGACGGCUUGCGCAUCAAGGACGCCAUCGACUCGUACAUCAAGGCCGAGGACCCGAGCAAUUAUGCGGAGGUCAUCGAGAUCGCCGGUCGCGCCGGGAAGCACGACGACCUCGUCCGCUUCCUCCAGAUGGCGCGCAAGCACCUGCGCGAGCCCAAGAUCGACACCGAGCUUGCGUAUGCCUACGCGAAGACGGACCGCCUGCACGACAUGGAAGACUUCUUGGGCAUGACGAACGUCGCGGAUAUCCUCGAGGUCGGCGAGAAGUGUUUCGAGGACGAGCUCUACGAGGCCGCGAAGCUCUUAUUCCAAAGCAUCUCGAACUGGGCACGGUUGGCGACGACACUUAUCUACCUCAAUGAGAACCAGGCUGCUGUCGAGAGCGCGCGGAAGGCUGGCAACACUCAGGUCUGGAAGCAGGUGCACGCCGCUUGUAUCGAGAAGGGCGAGUUCCGUCUGGCACAGAUUUGCGGUCUCAACAUCAUCGUGCACGCGGAGGAGCUCAGCGCGCUCGUCAAGAUGUACGAGUGGAGAGGGCACUUCGAUGAGAUCAUCAGCUUGCUUGAGGCUGGUCUCAGUCUUGAGCGUGCACAUAUGGGUAUCUUCACGGAGUUGGCGAUCCUACUCAGCAAGUACCGGCCGGCGAAGCUCAUGGAGCACCUGAAGCUCUUCGUGGCCCGUAUCAACAUCCCGAAAGUCAUCCGUGCCGCCGAAGAGGGUCACUUGUGGCCUGAGUUGGUGUUCUUGUACAUCAAGUACGAUGAGUUUGACAACGCAUCCUUGGCUAUGAUUGAGCGCUCUGCGGAUGCCUGGGAGCACAACAUGUUCAAGGAGACCAUCGUUCGCGUGGCAAACGUCGAGAUCUACUACAAGGCCCUCAACUUCUACCUCGCCGAGCAGCCGACGUUGCUGAACGACUUGCUCACCGUCUUGAUUCCUCGUAUUGACCACGCCCGCGUUGUCCGCUUCUUCAAGUCGGCAGACCACAUGCCGUUGAUCAAGCCAUACCUCAUCGCCGUGCAGCAUCUGAACAUCGAGGCCGUCAACGACGCGUACAACGACUUGUUGAUCGAGGAGGAGGACUACAAGACCCUCCGCGAUUCAGUGGACAGCUUCGACAACUUCGACUCCAUCAGCCUCGCCAAGCGGUUAGAAAACCACGACCUGCUCGAGUUUAGGAGAUUGGCCGCCCACUUGUACAAGAAAAACUCGCGCUGGGAAGAGUCCAUCUCGCUCUCAAAGCACGACAAGUUGUACAAGGAUGCGAUCGUCACUGCAUCUGUGUCCGCAUCGACGGAGGUCGCUGAGGAGCUCAUGUCGUACUUCGUGGACAUCGGGAACAAGGAGUGCUUCGCGGCGAUGCUGUUUGUGUGCUUCGACCUCAUUCGGGAGGAUGUCGUGGAGGAGCUCUCGUGGAGAUUCGGCCUUGCGGACUUCGAGAUGCCGUACAAGAUCCAGUUGAAGCGCACGAUGACGGAGAAGAUCAAGCAGCUCGAGAAGGAGGUGAAGGAGCGGGCGAAGAAGGAGGUGCAAAAGGAGCAGGCCGAGGCCGAGGCGCCUAUCAUCAACCCGGGUAGCACGCUGCUCCUGACGAACGGCUUCGCAGGGCAGGCGCCGCCACCGAUGAUGAACGGCGGUAUGCCACCGAUGAUGACUGGCUUCGGCGGGUACUAAGCGUGUGCUCCUCUCGGACGUUGGGUAGAUUUCGGUACUCGCUCUGUUUGAACGCAGCCGGGAAGAGGAACGGCUGGCCGAUGCGCUGUCCGGCUUUGUUUAGUGUUAUAUAUGUUACUAUGGUGGACAUUGUCAUUAAUCUCAUUCUCUCAAUUGUCUGGAUAGUCGUUGGAAAACCUGAGCUUGGGCGACCAAUCGCUGCGUCGAUGCAUGGACUUCAGUCGAGUAUCCUUUAUUUUCCGGGUCAGGUCAAUAUCCAGACAGACUUGAGGUGUUUGCAAGGAAGUAAGAUAUAGUCGUUGCGUAUCAUAGUUGCUUCCCAU